UUCCGUCACAGUGCUGUAGAUUAGCGCAGAGCGGUCCAUGUGUGUGUGUGUUGAAUCGGAUUAAACUAACUGAUUUCAAUUAAAAUACAAAUAAAAUACACACCAUGUCGGAGGACGGAGUGGACAGUACCGGGGACGUGGCUCUGGACAGCGCGGUUAAACAGUGGUUAGAGUUUGACAAGAACAAGAAGACGGCGGCGUGCGUGCGAGAGUUGGUGAAAACGGGAAACCUGGACGAGCUGCGCAAAUGUUUCGGCGCCCGCAUGGAGUUCGGGACGGCGGGUCUGAGAGCGGCCAUGGGGCCGGGCGUGUCGCGUAUGAACGACGUCACCAUCAUCCAGACCACGCAGGGGUUCUGCCGCUAUCUGGAGCGGAUUUUCGAGGAUCUGAAGCAGCGCGGCGUGGUGAUCGGGUUCGACGCGCGCCAGCACACUCCCAGCGCCUCCAGCAGCAAGCGCUUUGCCUCUCUGGCUGCCGCCGUGUUCGUCAGCCGGGGAGUUCCUGUUCACCUUUUCUCCGUCUUCACUCCCACGCCAUACGUGCCGUUCACUGUUUCCCGACUGGGUCUCUGCGCUGGGAUCAUGGUGACGGCAUCGCACAACCCUAAACAGGACAACGGUUACAAGGUGUACUGGGAGAAUGGCGCUCAGAUCGUCUCCCCUCACGACAAAGAGAUCUCCUCGGCUAUAGAGGAGAACCUGGAGCCGUGGGCAGAGUCGUGGGAUAUGGACGCCGCCGCCCGGAGCGCUCUGCUCAAAGACCCGUAUCAGGAUAUCCACCAGGGAUACCUGCAGGCUAUUCAGCAGCACUGCUUCCACAGAGAGCUGAACAAGGGUUCGAAGGUGAAGAUCGUACACACCUCCGUGCACGGCGUGGGACACGACUUCGUCCAGGCCGCUUUUAAAGCGUUCGACCUUCCAGCGCCGUACGCGGUCGAGGAGCAGAAAGAACCCGACCCAGAGUUCCCGACUGUGGUGUACCCUAAUCCUGAGGAAGGAGCCGGAGUGCUGACCCUGUCUUUUGCACUGGCAGACCGAGAGGGAGCCACCGUGGUUCUGGCUAACGAUCCAGAUGCGGACCGACUGGCCAUGGCUGAGAAACAGCUGAGUGGCGAGUGGAGGGUGUUCACAGGGAACGAGCUCGGAGCACUGCUCGGCUGGUGGAUAUUCCGGUGCUGGAAGGAGAAGCAGGACAAGACGUCCUCAGUGAAGGACGUGUACAUGCUGGCCAGCACCGUCUCCUCCAAGAUCCUCCGAGCCAUCGCUCUGAAAGAGGGCUUCCACUUCGAGGAGACUCUGACCGGUUUUAAGUGGAUGGGGAACCGAGCGAAGCAGUUGCUGGAUCAGGGGAAGACCGUCCUGUUUGCCUUCGAGGAGGCCAUCGGGUACAUGUGCAGCCCUGCGGUCCUGGAUAAGGACGGCGUGAGCGCGGCGGCCAUCGCCGGAGAGAUGAUCUCGUACCUGACCUCCAAAAACACCUCCGUCUCACAGCAGCUUAAAGCCAUUUACGACGAGUACGGCUACCACCUCACCAAGAACUCCUACUUCAUCUGCCACGACCAGAACACCAUCAGGCAGCUGUUCGAGCGUCUGAGGAACUACGACGGCCAGAACACGUACCCCAAAGAGUGCCAGGGCUUCGGCAUCACCGCCGUCCGGGACCUCACCACGGGCUACGACAGCAACCGGCCUGACCUGAAAGCCAUCCUUCCUACCAGUAAGAGCAGCCAGAUGAUCACCUUUAGCUUCGCUAACGGAGGCGUGGCCACCAUGAGGACGAGCGGGACCGAGCCUAAGAUCAAAUACUACACCGAGCUGUGUGCUGCUCCAGGGAACAGCGAUGUCACUCAGCUGACCGGCGAGCUCCACAGCCUGGUGGACGCCAUCGUCGAGAAUUUCUUCCAGCCCAAGAAAAACAACCUGAUCGCCAAAUCGGAGUCAGAUUAAGCACUCAGCUAGCGAUAGCGCUUCUGAAAAGAUCUGCCGCUUCCUCAGACGAUCCUGGUUUUUGGUCCGAGACGUUUCCGCGCUUUGUACGCACACACGUAAAACGUUUUCUGUCGCAGGCUGCACCUUUAGUUCAGAGGAUCUGGAGCUGCGAUCCUUCACUUCUUUUAGUUUAGCACUGGAUCUGCAAAGCAUAGCAAUGUUAGCGUAAUAGUGCCAGCUUCAAACACUGAUCACAUCGUAAAUACAGGAUCAAUACACAUUUCCGUCAACAAUUUUAUAACUUAACCAAAAUAUCCAUGACACUGUGGAACUCUCGAAUCCGAUCAGUCGGAGGAAAUUACGGUGCUGUAACGAAAAGUUUUUAUCUAACAACGCAAACAUUCUGACUUUUUACUUUAAUUAUUUAAUAAUCUUAUUUCUGCCGGAUUUAAAAUGUUUAAUUGUUUGCUGAUUUAUUAACUACUAUGUGUACCUUUUUUUUUUUUUUUUUUCAAUGAUCACUAACAUUCCUUACACAUGAAGCAGAAAUUCCAUAACAUGUUUAACAUUAUUCUACUCCAGUAUUUAAGGAUCUAAACUGUUUCUGGUUUUAUAAAUCCCAUCUAUCACAUCAUUGCUGUGUGUUUCGCAAUAAAGCACCUAAAAUCAUAAA